AUGUCAUAUCACUUCUUUGUUGCAUGCUGUCAGUCCCCUCCAGUGAGCCUCUUUACAGCCAACAACCUGGAAUCAAUAAACGAGGACGCCUUCCUCGGUCUUCCUCAUCUGGAGUAUCUGUUCAUCGAAAACAACCAGAUCAAGUCGAUAUCGCCACACGCUUUCCGAGGACUGAAAACCUUAGUGCACCUGAGUCUGGCUUACAACAAUCUGGACACUCUGCCUAAAGAUUUGUUCAAGGGUCUUGAGGCCUUGACAAAAGUAGACCUGCGGGGGAACCAGUUCACCUGUGACUGUAAGCUCAAGUGGCUGGUGGAGUGGAUUUACAGCACCAACGCCACAGUGGAUCAGAUUUACUGCAAAGGCCCGGCCUCACUGCUGGACAAGAAGAUCAACGACCUGGUGCCGCAGUCGUUCGACUGCAUCACCACAGAGUUUGCCUCCUACCAGUCCCUGAAGUUUGAGUCCAUAUCGGUGGAGGCCUUUUCCUUUGGGAACGAUCAGUAUGUGGUGUUCGCUCAGCCCUUUAUUGGGAAAUGCAGCUUUCUGGAGUGGGACCAUGUGGAGAUGGUCUUCAGGAACUACGAUGACAUUGACAGCACUUCCACUGUGAUCUGCAAACCUCUGGUUAUCGACAACCAGCUCUUUGUCAUCGUGGCCCAACUUUUCGGCGGCUCACACAUCUACAAACGCGACACCUCCGCCAACAAAUUCAUCAAGCUCCAAGGCAUUGACAUCCUGAGAAUCCGCAAACCCAACGACGUUGAGACUUUUCGCAUCGAUGGAGAAUCUUUCUUCGUCAUAGCCGACAGCUCCAAGGCCGGUUCUACCACCAUCUACAAGUGGAACGGCAACGGCUUCUACUCCCACCAGUCACUCCAUCCGUGGUACCGGGACACUGACGUGGAGUUCAUGGAGAUCUCCUCCAAACCUCACCUGAUCCUGUCCAGCAGCUCCCAGAGGCCCGUCAUCUACCAGUGGAACAAAAGCACCAAGCUGUUUGACAGGCGCACGGACAUCCCGGAGAUGGAGGAUGUCUAUGCCGUGAAGCACUUCCAGGUCAAGUCUGACCUCUUCAUCUGCCUGACGCGCUUCAUCGGUGACUCCAAGGUCAUGCGCUGGGACGGGGCCCUCUUCAGAGAGCUGCAGACCAUGCCCUCUCGCGGCUCCAUGGUGUUCCAGCCCUUCUCUGUGGGCAGCUGGCAGUACGCCAUUCUGGGCAGUGAUUACUCGUUCACGCAGGUGUACCGCUGGGACACCAAGAAGGGCAUGUUUGUCCAUUUCCAGGAGCUGAACAUCCAGGCGCCAAGAGCCUUCUCUCCAGUCUCCAUAGACAACCGGCAGUUCCUGCUGGCCUCCAGUUUCAAAGGGAAAACUCAGAUCUACGAGCACCUGGUUAUUGAUCUGAGCAAUUGAGUGAUUGUUUUUUUUCUGGCUCAUUGAUAGAUUAUCGGUAACUUUAGUGUUUUUUUGUGUUUAAAGAAGACUGUUGCAGCAGAUGCAGCUCUGAAAAUCACUGAAAGUAAUUAUCAGUUGAUCCUAACUUGAGAAAGGCAGGCAUUACUCUUAUUCUCUUUAAAAAUCUUCCACUGAAAUCAGUGCAUGGUAAAUAUAAACGCAUGUAUCUCAACCAAAUGUAUUUGGCUGAGAUGCAUGUUGAGUUCAAUGCAUGGAUCUCAAGUUAGGAUUAAAACCCAAGACAUCAAUGCAUGACCAGGGCCUCACUCAGGCCAUCCCAUCAGAUUACAAAUGCAACAUCCAUCCUCAUUCAUCUUUUCAAUUCCACCGUCGGCCAGUAGCUUAUUUUGUUUAUGUUGGAACAUCCAUGUGACGCAACAAAGUUUAUACAUUUGUAAUCUCAUAUUUAUCUACAGAGAGUAAUAAUGAAAUGGUACUUUUUAACCGAUUAACAUGUUCAACUGAACAAAUCUGCCAAAACUAAAUGUUUACAUUUUUCUCUCUUUCCACUUGUUCGCUAAAAUAUUUGUAAAAAAUAAAGCUUUUGUAAGUUUGAGAGGGACCACACCAGUUAGAUAAAUAUUUGUUAAAGAGAAUGAUUUAAAAUUUAUCUUCAUAAUUUGGAGAAUUUCAACAGAGACGUACUGAGAAUGACAUUUUUAUCAUUAACGCUUUGUAUAAUGUAGUAUUGAAAAGUAUUGAAAAAUGCUGUUUUCCCAGAAGAAAGUUUCGGGGAAACUUGGAACUAUUCUCACACACUUAAAAGGGACUGAAAUGAAAAACAGAGGAUAUUGUUCAUAACGCUUUACCUUCGACUAACAUGUAUGCAAAAUGCAUUUAUUGUGUCAUGAUUAGGAUUAGGUUAUUGACUAAUAUCAUGUCAUUUAGAGUCAAUAAAGGUUUACAUCACUAACUGUUGCUGGCACCGUGUAGCAUGACGUGGCAUCAGCGUGAAACGACAACACACAAGAGCAACAUACACGAGUAACACAUCUACUUCACAGGACAUUGCAGCCAUCAAGUUAGUGGUGUAGAUAUGAUACAUACAUGAGAAACCAAACAAAAUAAAUACAAACAAAUAAAAUCUUUUUUAUUUUCUCCAACAAAGUGCACGCCUCAAUUCUACAAAGCAGCACAUUACAAUGUAAUGGAAUAAAUACAAUAAAUUCCGCUGAAUUUAAAAAAAAAGGAAAAGAAAAGAAAACCACAAGCAAGGAGAUACACAAGUACCUGCACAAUCACACUGGUGGCAGGAUUAAAUCGGACUAUUUAGAAAACCUCUGCUUCUUUCAGAUGAUUGUUUGACUUUUCAUGCAUCUUCGCUCCUUUGGAUAAAGGUGUCCCAUCCUUUAUAUUUCUAAAGUAAACCGAUUUAAACCCUACGUUUUGCUUGUAAUUGAGAACUACCAAACUAACAUGAAAGAAACACAGGUGCAUACUCUCAUGUUCAUACACGUCACCCUGGAAAACUUGUGCAAUAGCAGCAGGCACCUCCGAAUCACCGACCUGCUGCUGAGAGAAAAUAAAGUGAACACAUUUCUCAGUUUGAACUGAACUUACUACUCAAGUCUAUGUGGUGCAACGUAGUGUUUUUUUUUUCUCUGUAGGCAAAUAAAAUAGAACAUAAAAGGCAAGGGGACAUGUCCCUUAAUAUUCCACAAAAUAAUUUAGUGCUCUUUAAAUAAAAUUAAAAACACUUGUCAUAUGGUGGCUCUUACAAAAAAGGAAUUAAAAAAA